AUGGGACACCUGUGGCUCUUGGGAACCUGGGGCCUCUGGGGGCUGCUCUUGUGCGCCGCGGACCCCCGCACAGGUGGCUCCAAAAUUAUUCCCAAAGUCACAGAAAUAAUACCUAAAUAUGGCAGCAUAAAUGGAGCGACAAGGCUGACUAUCAAAGGAGAAGGUUUUGCUCAAGCAAACCAGUUUAACUAUGGAGUUGAUAAUGCUGAGUUGGGAAACAGUGUGCAAUUAGUUUCCUCUUUCCAAUCAUUUUCUUGUGAUGUAGAAAAGGAUUCAAGUCAUUCAACUCAAAUUACAUGCUAUACUAGAGCAAUGCCAGAAGGUUCCUACACCGUGAGAGUCAGUGUGGAUGGGGUUCCUGUUACAGAAAGUAAUACCUGCAGAGGUCGCCUUGACAGCUGGGCAUGCACCUUCAAUGCAAAAAGUUUCAGAACCCCAACAAUAAAGAGCAUCACACCUUUAUCUGGAACUCCAGGCACACUAAUAACUAUCCAAGGCAGAAUCUUCACUGAUGUUUAUGGAAGUAAUACUGCAUUAAGCUCAAAUGGGAAAAAUGUUAGGAUUUUGAGAGUUUAUAUUGGAGGAAUGCCCUGUGAGCUUCUCAUACCACAAUCUGAUAAUUUGUAUGGUCUAAAACUAGAUCAUCCAAAUGGAGACAUGGGUUCUAUGAUUUGUAAGACGACUGGAACGUAUAUUGGUCAUCACAAUGUCAGCUUCAUCUUGGAUAGUGAUUAUGGAAGGAGUUUCCCACAAAAAAUGGCGUAUUUUGUUUCUUCUCUAAAUAAAAUUUCAAUGUUUCAAACAUAUGCAGAGGUCACUAUGAUUUCCCCGUCACGAGGAAGCAUUCAAGGUGGCACCAUGCUAACAAUAAGUGGACGAUUCUUUGAUCAGACAGAUUUCCCAGUCAGAGUUCUAGUUGGAGGCCAAGCCUGUGAUAUUUUGAAUGUCACAGAAAAUAGCAUAUGCUGCAAGACACCCCCUAAACCUGAUGUUCUCAGAACUGUAUGUCCAGGUGGGAGAGGCCUAAAGCUUGAGCUCUGGAAUAAUAGUAGGCCAGUACAUCUUGAAGAGAUACUUGAAUACAAUGAGAAAACACCGGGGUACAUGGGUGCCAGUUGGGUAGAUUCAGCUUCCUAUAUCUGGCCUAUGGAGCAAGAUACAUUUGUUGCACGCUUCAGUGGAUUUUUGGUGGCUCCAGAAUCUGAUGUCUAUAGAUUCUACAUUAAAGGUGAUGACCGUUAUGCCAUUUAUUUCAGCCAAACUGGACAUCCAAAAGAUAAGGUGAAGAUUGCAUAUCAUUCUUCCAAUGCCAACAAUUAUUUUUCCAGUCCAACACAAAGUUCAGAUGACAUUCAUCUUCAGAAAGGAAAAGAGUAUUACAUUGAAAUCUUGCUGCAGGAGUAUAGACUGAGUGCCUUUGUUGAUGUUGGCUUGUACCAGUAUAGAAAUGUCUAUACUGAGCAACAAACAGAAGAUGCAGUAAAUGAAGAACAAGUUAUCAGAUCCCAGUCGACAAUUGUCCAGGAAAUACAGGUUAUAACAUUGGAAAACUGGGAAAGAACUACUGCAAGGAGUGAAGUUCAAAAGAUAACAGUAACCAGCCCAUGCGUGGAAGCUAAUUCAUGUUCCCACUACCAUUAUAGAUUAAUCUAUAACAUGGAAAAAACUGUCUUGGUACCUGUUGAUGCUUCUGACUUCAUACUGCAAUCAGCUUUAAAUGACCUCUGGUCUAUAAAACCAGAUACAGUUCAAGUAAUAAGAACACAAAACUCCCAAAGCUAUGUUUACAUGGUAACGUUUAUAUCAACUAGAGGAGACUUUGAUCUGCUUGGUUAUGAAAUGAUUGAAGGGAACAAUGUCACCCUGGAUAUUACAGAACAAAUCAAAGGAAAACCCAGUUUGGACACAUUCACGCUAAACUGGGAUGGAAUCACUUCGAAGCCUCUGACCCCAUGGUCAUCAGAAGCUGAAUUUCAGGCAGCCGUAGAAGAAAUGGUUACUGCCAAGUGUCCACCGCAAAUUGCAAAUCUUGAAGAAGGAUUUGUUGUGAAAUACUUUAGAGAUUAUGAGUCUGAUUUUAACCUGGAACAUAUUAACAGAGGGCAGAAGACAGCGGAAACUGAUGCUUACUGUGGUCGUUAUUCCCUGAAAAACCCAGCUGUUCUCUUUGACUCCACAGAUGUUAAACCAAACAGACUACCAUAUGGAGACAUUUUAUUAUUUCCUUAUAAUCAGUUAUGUUUAGCAUACAAAGGAUUCCUCGCAAAUUAUAUUGCUCUAAAAUUCCAAUACCAAGACAGAAGCAAGAUUACUAGAAGCAAUGAUAUACAAUUUACCUAUAACUUUACUAAUGGAAACAACUGGACCUACACUUGCAUAGACCUUCUGGACCUCAUACAAGCCAAAUACACUGGGACAAAUUUUUCUCUUCAGAGGAUUGGUUUACAGAAGGCAUCAGAAUCACAGGUUUUCUAUGUAGACACAGUAUACAUUGGACAGACAUCUACAGUGUCCGCAUGGGGUGAAAUCCCAAAGAGAAGACUUCCAGCAUUAGCAAAUAAAGGGAUAUUUUUAAAGAACUUUCAGGUGAAUCAGACCAAAAUUAAUGGAUCAAGUAUUACCAACCAAUAUUCUGUCACCAUGACUUCAUAUAAUUGCAGUUAUAAUAUACCCAUGAUGGCUGUGAGCUUUGCACAGAUAAUCACAAAUGAGACGGAGAAUGAGUCUGUUUACAGAGGAAAUAAUUGGCCAGGGGAGUCAAAGAUUCGUAUUCAGAGAAUUCAAGCCGCGUCUCCACCUUUAAGUGGCAGCUUUGACAUUCAAGCUUAUGGACACAUUCUCAAAGGCCUUCCCGCCACUGUGUCGGCUGCAGAUUUACAGUUUGCUCUCCAGAGUGUGGAAGAAGUGGGACGAGUCUCAGUAACACGGGAGGGAACGUGUGCUGGAUACUCAUGGAACAUCCAGUGGAGAAGCACACGUGGAAGGCAGAAUCUUCUACAGAUUAAUGAUUCCAAUAUUAUUGGAGAAAAAGCUAAUAUGACAGUUACGAAGAUAAAAGAUGGUGGCUUAUUCAGACGGCACAUACUUGGAGACCUACUUCGUACACCCAACCAACAGCCACAGGUUGAAGUCUAUGUCAACGGAGGUCCAGCUAAGUGUUCAGGUGACUGUGGGUUUACGUGGGAUUUCAUGGCGACUCCAGUAGUCCGGGCCAUAAACCCAUCUCAAGGAUCCUUUGAAGAAAGCACAAUUCUAACCAUAGUAGGCUCUGGAUUUUCCCCCAGUUCAGCUGUAUUGGUCUCUGUUGGACCAGUGGGUUGCUCUCUUCUUUCUGUGGAUGAAAAUGAGAUCAAGUGCCGGAUUCUGAAUGGCAGUGCUGGACAUUUCCCAGUUGCUGUGUCCAUAGCUGAUGUUGGACUAGCACGGAACAUACAGGGUGAAGUACUCUACUUCAUUUAUCAGAAUCAGAUCUCACACAUCUGGCCUGCUUCUGGGAGCCUGGCAGGUGGUACUCUUUUGACUCUGUCUGGAUUUGGUUUUAAUGAAAAUUCAAAGGUGUUAGUUGGAAAUGAAACCUGCAAUGUGAUUGAAGGGGAUUUGAAUAAGAUAACCUGCAGAACACCAAAAAGAACUGAGGGUACAGUUGAUAUUUCAGUUAUUACCAAUGGAGUUCAAGCCUCAGCAAAGGAUGCGUAUAGUUAUAACUGUUUGCAGACCCCGGUUAUAACUGAUUUUAGUCCAAAAGUACGAACAAUACUAGGAGAAGUUAAUUUAACAGUUAAGGGUUAUAACUUUGGCAAUGAACUCGCACAAAACGUGGAGGUGUAUGUUGGAGGAAGACCCUGCCAGAUUUUUCACUGGAAUUUCACAGAUAUUAGAUGUCUUUUGCCCAAGUUGUCUCCUGGAAAACAUGAUAUCUAUGUAGAAGUCAGAAACUGGGGUUUUGCAUCAACAAGAGAUAAGUUAAAUGCUUCUAUACAGUAUAUUUUGGAAGUGACCACCAUGUUUCCACAGAGAGGCUCUUUAUAUGGUGGAACUGAAGUCACUAUUAUGGGCGUGGGGUUCAGCACAGUACCGACUGAGAACACUGUGCUCUUAGGGUCCUUCCAUUGCAGUGUGAUUUCAUCAUCAGAAAAUGUCAUAAAAUGUAUUCUUCAUUCAACAGGGAAUACAUUUAGGAUUACCAACAGUGGAGAAGAUUCAGUACAUGGAUUAGGUUAUGCCUGGUCACCAUCAGUCUUAAAUGUAUCUGUGGGAGACACAGUGACAUGGCAUUGGCAAACACAUCCAUUUCUCAGGGGAAUAGGAUACAGGGUUUUCUCUGUAUCCAGUCCUGGAAGUGUAAUUUAUGAUGGCAAAGGAUUUAUGAAUGGAAGAGAAAAAUCUGCAUCAGGUUCAUUUUCUUACCAAUUUACUUCACCUGGAAUCCAUUAUUAUAGCAGUGGGUAUGUUGAUGAGUCUCGCUCUAUUUUUCUCCAAGGAGUCAUUAAUGUUUUACCAGCUGAAACCAGGCACAUUCCCCUGCACCUGUUUGUGGGUAGCACUGAAGCUACAUACGCUCCAGGACCUGUGAGUUUGCACUUGGGAAGCUCUGGGACAGACUGUCUAGCAACAGAACCCCAGUGUGGCCUGAACAAUACUGGGGUUAAAAAUUCAGAUAGAUUGGGCUUUGAGCUUUCAAGUUGUUUUUCACCAUCUAUAAGCAACAUUAGUCCAUCUGCUGGAACACUACAUGAAUUGAUAACAAUUACUGGAUGUGGCUUCAGUAAUCUCACAUGUGCUAAUAAGGUUACGAUUGGUAGCUACCCCUGUAUUGUAGAAGAAAGUAGUGAUAAUUCCAUUAUUUGUCAUAUCGACCCUCAAAACUCAAUGGACGUUGGCAUCAGGGAAAUUGUCACAUUAACUGUCUACAACCUGGGCACUGCUCUCAACACGCUGUCCAGUGAAUCUGAUGGGCGUUUUGUACUUUUGCCAAACAUCGACAUGGUGCUGCCAAAUGCAGGAUCAACUAGCGGAAUGACCAGAGUGACCAUAAAAGGCUCUGGAUUUGCGGUUUCUUCUGCAGGUGCAGAAGUCUUUAUGGGUCAUUUGCCAUGUAAAGUUCUGUCUGUAAAUUACACAGCCAUUGAGUGUGAAACAUCUCCCGCUCCCCAACAGCUGGUGAAAGUGGAUCUUCUAAUACAUGGAGUGCCUGCCCAGUGUCAGGGGAACUGCAGCUUUUCAUACUCAGAAAGUAUCACUGCUUUCAUAACGAGAAUCCUCCCAAACUCCAUCAAAGGACCUGGAGAAGUUCUUAUUGAAGGAGACGGUUUUGGCACUGCCUUGGAAGACAUUGCUGUUUUCAUUGGAAACCAACAGGUCAGAGCAAUAGAUGUUAAUGACAAUAACAUCACCGUGCUGGUGAGUCCUCUCCCAGCUGGACUUCAUCCUCUUAGUGUUGUGGUGGGAAGUAAAGGUGUGGCUCUGGGGAACCUUACUGUUAGCAGCCCAGCAGUUGCAUCUGUCACACCCACUUCUGGAAGCAUUGCUGGUGGAACUCCUUUGGUGAUCACAGGAAAUGGCUUCUAUCCAGGCAACACCACAGUCACUGUUGGGGAUGAACCUUGUGAAAUUAUUUCUGUCAACUCCAGUGAAGUCUCCUGCAGUACCCCGGCAGGGAUGGUUGGGAGGGUCGAUGUGAAGAUCUCCGUUAAUACAGUUGCUUAUCCACCUCUGUCAUUUACAUACACCUUGGAGGAUACUCCGCUUCUCAGAGAAAUUGAUCCAAGGACAGGUCCACCAGGAACCCAAAUUCAAAUCACUGGAUCUAAUUUUGGUAUUGAUAUCUUGGAAAUUUCUGUGAUGAUAAACAACAUCCAGUGUAAUGUAACCGUGGUCAAUGAUAGUGUAUUGCAGUGCAUCAUUGGAGAUCAUGCUGGUGGCACCUAUCCUGUCAUGAUGCAUCAUAAGACAAAAGGCUUUGCUGUGUCCACAGUUGUAUUUGAGUACCCACUUACUAUUCAGAAUAUUCAUCCAAGCCAAGGGAGCUUUGGUGGUGGUCAGACCAUGACUGUGACAGGCACUGGGUUUAAUCCACAGACCUCAACUAUAUUAGUGUGUGGCUCAGAAUGUGCAGUUGACAGGCUUAAAUCCGAUUGCACAACACUAUUAUGUAAAACUCCACGUAAUAAUGGCACAGGACCUGAGCAAGCCUGUGAAGUGAGUGUGGUCAACGGGAAGGAUUUGUCACAGUCCACGACCCCUUUUACGUAUGCCAUGUCACUGACUCCACUCAUCACGGAACUAUCUCCCAAGAGAGGCAGUACAGCAGGGGGCACCAGACUUACGAUCACGGGAUCAGGCUUCAGUGAAAAUAUGCAGGAUGUUCACAUCACCAUAGCUGAAGCCAAAUGUGAUGUUGAGUAUUCCAACAAGACGUAUAUCAUCUGUGUGACAAAUGCCCACACCCCUUCAGGGUGGGCUCCAGUUAACCUCAACAUCAGGAGCAAUGGCAUGGCCAAACUGGAUGAUGCUGACUUCCUGUAUGUCGAUGCCUGGUCGUCCAACUUCUCAUGGGGAGGAAAACCUCCCCCCGAGGAAGGGUCUCUAGUUGUUAUUACAAAAGGACAGACAAUUUUGCUGGAUCAAAAUACACCUAUUCUGAAGAUGUUGCUUAUUCAGGGUGGAACUCUAAUAUUUGAUGAAGCUGACAUUGAACUCCAGGCAGAAAAUAUUCUAAUUACAGACGGAGGCAUUCUUCAGAUUGGGACAGAAGCAUCCCCGUUUCAACACAGGGCGGUCAUUACCUUGCAUGGGCACCUGCGAUCUCCUGAGCUCCCAGUAUAUGGCACCAAAACUCUGGCCGUGCGAGAGGGAAUCCUGGAUCUGCAUGGUCUGCCUGUUUCUGUGAUCUGGACUCGUCUGGCUCAUACAACAAAGGCGGGGGAAAGGACUUUGAUUUUACAAGAAGCAGUAACUUGGAAACCAGGCGAUAAGAUUGUAAUCGCAAGCACAGGUCACAGACACGGUCAACGAGAGAAUGAAAAACGCACCAUUGCAUCCGUAUCUGCUGAUGGCACAAACGUAGUGCUCACUGACCCGCUGAAUUACACACACUUGGGAAUCACUGUCACACUCCCUGAUGGAACUCUGUUUGAAGCAAGAGCAGAAGUUGGAAUUCUCACAAGGAAUAUUUUAAUAAGAGGAUCUGAUACUAUGGAGUGGAAUCACAAAAUUCCAGCAUGUCCUGAUGGAUUUGACACUGGUGAAUUUGCUACACAGACAUGCUUCCAGGGAAAGUUUGGAGAAGAAAUAGGAAGUGACCAGUUUGGAGGCUGCAUUAUGUUUCAUGCUCCUGUCCCUGGUGCUAGCAUGGUAACUGGAAGAAUAGAAUACGUAGAGAUAUUCCAUGCUGGCCAGGCUUUCCGGUUGGGGCGAUAUCCAAUUCAUUGGCACCUGCUCGGAGAUUUGCAAUUUACAUCUUAUGUAAGAGGCUGUGCAAUUCACCAGGCCUAUAACAGAGCUGUUACUAUCCAUAACACACAUCACCUGCUGGUUGAGUGGAAUAUUAUAUAUGAUAUCAAGGGAGGAGCAUUUUUUAUAGAAGAUGGUAUUGAACAUGGCAAUAUUUUGCAAUAUAACUUGGCAGUCUUUGUGCAACAAAGUACUAGUCUUUUGAAUGAUGAUGUGACCCCAGCUGCAUUUUGGGUAACCAACCCAAACAACACCAUACGACACAAUGCAGCUGCUGGAGGCACUCACUUUGGCUUUUGGUACCGAAUGAACAACCAUCCUGAUGGGCCAUCCUAUGACCGAAACAUUUGCCAAAAAAGAGUUCCUCUUGGAGAAUUCUUUAACAACACUGUUCAUUCUCAAGGCUGGUUUGGACUAUGGAUAUUUGAAGAAUAUUUCCCCAUGCAAACAGGAUCUUGUACUUCUACAGUGCCAGUGCCUGCGAUAUUUAAUUCACUUACUACUUGGAACUGUGAAAAAGGAGCUGAAUGGGUCAAUGGAGGAGCCCUUCAGUUCCAUAACUUUGUGAUGGUAAAUAAUUAUGAGGCUGGAAUCGAGACCAAGAGGAUUCUGGCUCCUUAUGUUGGGGGAUGGGGUGAAACCAAUGGAGCAGUGAUUAAAAAUGCCAAAAUAGUUGGGCAUCUUGAUGAACUGGGAAUGGGGUCUGCAUUUUGCACAAGGAAAGGCCUGGUUCUCCCAUUUAGUGAAGGCUUGACUGUAUCUUCUGUACACUUUAUGAACUUUGACCGUCCCAACUGUGCAGCUUUGGGAGUGACAUCCAUCACUGGAGUUUGUAAUGAAAAAUGUGGAGGUUGGAGUGCAAAAUUUGUUGAUAUCCAGUAUUUUCACACACCAAACAAGGCUGGCUUUCGAUGGGAACAUGAAGUGGUACUGAUUGAUGUUGAUGGUUCACUUACAGGUCACAGAGGACACACUGUCAUUCCAUACAGCUCAUUGCUGGACCCUUCCCACUGCACACAAGAAGCCGAGUGGAGCAUUGGGUUCCCUGGGGCUGUCUGUGACGCCUCAGUCAGCUUCCACCGUUUGGCAUUCAACAAGCCUUCUCCAGUAUCUCUGCUUGAAAAGGAUGUGGUUCUCUCAGACUCUUUUGGCACAAGCAUUGUUCCCUUUCAGAAGAAACGACUGACUCAUAUGUCUGGAUGGAUGGCUCUGAUUCCAAAUGCAAAGCACAUUAACUGGUAUUUUAAAGAUGUAGGUCACAUAACCAACAUAUCCUAUACAUCAACAUUCUAUGGAUUUAAGGAAGAAGACUACGUAAUCAUAUCUCAUAACUUCACUCAAAAUCCUGAUAUGUUUAAUGUUCUUGAUAUGAGGAAUGGCUCUUCAAAUCCAUUGAGUUGGAAUACUAGCAAGAAUGGAGACUGGCACCUUGAAGCAAACACAAGUACUCUGUAUUACUUGGUGUCAGGAAGAAAUGAACUUCAGCAGAGCCAGCCCAUCUCUGGGACCCUGGAUCCUGAUGUGAAAGAUGUUAUUAUUAAUUUCCAAGCUUACUGCUGCAUUCUCCAGGAUUGCUUUCCUGUACAUCCCCCAGCAAGAAAACCAAAUCCCAGGAAGCGACCAGCCACGUAUAACUUAUGGUCAAAUGAUUCUUUUUGGCAAUCAUCUCGAGAAAAUAAUUAUACCAUACCUCACCCAGGGGCAAAUGUGGUUAUUCCUGAAGGAACAUGGAUUGUAGCAGACACAGAUAUUCCACCAAUGGAAAGUCUCAUUAUUUGGGGAGUUCUAGAACUGGAAGAUAAACACAGUGUGGGAGCUGCAGAGUCUUCUUACAGAAAAGUUGUUCUAAAUGCUACCUACAUAUUGCUUCAGGGAGGUAGAUUGAUUGGUGGCUGGGAAGAUAACCCUUUUAAAGGAGAAUUACAGAUUGUUCUUAGAGGAAAUCAUUCUACUCCAGACUGGGCACUUCCAGAAGGACCAAAUCAAGGAUCAAAGGUCUUAGGGGUGUUUGGUGAGCUGGAUCUUCAUGGAUUUCCACGUUCAAUAUAUAAAACUAAGCUCUCAGAAACUGCAGAGGCUGGUUCCAAAGUCCUAUCUCUAAUGGAUGCUGUGGAUUGGCAGGAGGGAGAAGAGAUUGUGAUAACAACUACAAGCUAUGAUUUCCACCAGACAGAAACUAGAAGUAUCAUUAAAGUCCUGCAUGACCAGAAAAUUCUGAUUCUCAAUGAUACCCUUUCCUACACUCACCUUGCUGAAAGAUACCAUGUUCCUGGAACAGGUCAGAGCUACACAUUAGCAGCUGAUGUUGGGAUACUGAGUAGGAACAUCAAAAUAUUUGGUGAAGAUUACCCAGGUUGGUUCAAGGAAUCUUUUGGUGCACGUGUCCUGGUCAGCUCAUUCACUGAAAAUAUGAUGACAUUUAAAGGAAAUGCAAGGAUAAGCAAUGUGGAAUUUUAUCACUGUGGUCAAGAAGGCUUCAGGGAUAGCACAGAUCCAAGAUAUGCAGUAACAUUUCUUAACUUAGAACAGAUUCAAGAUCAUGGCUCAUCUUAUAUUCGAGGCUGUGCCUUUCAUAAUGGCUUUUCCCCAGCAAUCGGUGUGUUUGGAACAGAUGGAGUAGACAUAGAUGACAACAUCAUUCACUUUACAGUGGGGGAAGGAAUAAGAAUAUGGGGGGAUGCCAACAGAGUUCGAGGAAACUUGGUGGCACUUUCAGUUUGGCCGGGAACCUAUCAAAACAGAAAGGAUUUAAGUUCAACUCUCUGGCAUGCAGCAAUUGAGGUAAACAGAGGGACCAAUACAGUCUUACAAAAUAAUGUCGUGGCUGGAUUUGGAAGGGUGGGAUACCGUAUCGAUGGUGAACCUUGCUCAAUUCAGUCUAAUCCCAUGGAAAAGUGGUUUGACAAUGAAGCACAUGGAGGUUUAUAUGGUAUUUAUAUGAACCAAGACGGCCUUCCUGGAUGUUCUCUUAUACGAGGAUUUACCAUUUGGACAUGCUGGGAUUAUGGAAUUUAUUUUCAGACCACAGAGAGUAUGCAUAUCUAUAAUGUGACUCUGGUUGACAAUGGAAUGGCCAUUUUUUCAAUGAUUUACACACCAGCUGCUGUAUCUCACAAAAUUUCCAGUAAAACAGUGCAAAUUAAGAGCUCAUUAAUUGUUGGAAGUAGCCCUGGAUUUAAUUGCUCUGAUGUCCUAACUAACGAUGAUCCAAAUAUCGAACUUUCUGCUGCCCAUCGGAGCACCAGACCUCCAUCAGGUGGGAGAAGUGGGAUUUGCUGGCCUACCUUUGCUUCAGCACAUAACAUGGCACCCCGGAAGCCCCAUGCAGGGAUCAUGAGUUACAAUGCCAUUAGUGGCCUUUUGGAUAUCUCAGGUUCAACAUUUGUUGGAUUUAAGAAUGUUUGUUCAGGUGAAACUAAUGUGAUAUUCAUUACUAACCCUUUAAAUGAAGAUUUACAGCAUCCCAUCCAUGUGAAGAACAUACAGCUGGUUGAUACCACUGAACAAUCAAAAAUAUUCAUACACAGGCCUGAUAUAAGUAAGGUGAAUCCAUCUGAUUGUGUAGACAUGGUUUGUGAUGCCAAAAGGAAAUCUUUUCUCAGAGACAUGGAUGGCUCCUUUCUGGGAAAUUCUGGUUCAGUGAUGCCUCAAGCAGAAUACGAAUGGAAUGGAAAUAGUCAAUUUGGAAUUGGAGACUACAGAAUUCCUAAGGUGAUGCUCACAUUCCCAAAUGGAAGUAGAAUUCCUGUCACUGAGAAAGCGCCUUACAAAGGAAUUAUUAGAGAUUCAACCUGUAAAUACAUCCCACAAUGGCAGGGCUAUCGGUGCUAUGGGAUGGAAUAUGCAAUGAUGGUUAUUGAAAGCCUGGAUUCUGACACAGAAACUCGAAGACUCUCACCAGUGGCUGUAGUGAGCAAUGGUUAUGUUGAUCUCAUUAAUGGCCCACAGGAUCAUGGCUGGUGUGCCGGAUACACAUGCCAGAGAAGACUGUCCCUGUUUCAUAGCAUUGUGGCUCUGAACAAAUCUUAUGAAGUUUACUUCACUGGCACCAGUCCUCAGAAUCUUCGACUGAUGUUGCUUAAUGUUGACCAUAAAAAGGCUGUCAUGGUAGGAAUUUUUUUUCACACACUUCAGCGUUUGGAUGUCUAUGUGAACAAUAUAUUGGUUUGCCCCCGAAAUACAAUAUGGAACCCUAAAAAGAAACACUGUGAACUUAAAAGACAUCUGCACACAGAGCAAUUCCUUCCUAACCUGAAUUCCACUGUCCUUGGUGAAAACUACUUUGAUAGAACCUACCAGAUGCUUUACCUUUUGGUUAAAGGAACUAUACCGGUUGAAAUCCACACCACCGCGGUCAUAUUUGUUUCUUUCCAAUUGCCUGCUGUUACAGAAGAUGACUUCUAUAGCUCUCAUAACCUGGUUAGAAAUCUUGCCUUGUUCCUGAAGAUACCAAGUGACAAAAUCCGCGUCAGCAAAAUAAUACAAGGGAAGAGUCUGCGGAGGAAGAGAUCCACGGGACUCACAGUUGAAUUGGAGAUUGGAGAUGCUCCUCCUCAGUUCAUAAACAAUGAUACCACAGGUCAGAUGCAGUUAUCUGAACUCCAAAAAAUUGUUGGUUCUCUUGGACAAGCUGUAAUUUCAGGAAAAACCAGUAGUAUCCUUGGAUUUAAUAUUUCUUCCAUGUCUAUAACCAAUCCCAUCCCCAGCCCAAGUGACUCUGCCUGGAUUAAGGUGACUGCCCAACCAGUUGAAAGGUUUGCAUUUCCUGUUCAUCAUGUGGCCUUUGUGUCCUCACUCUCAGUGAUCACUCAGCCCGUGGCAGCACAGCCAGGACAGCCAUUUUCUCAGCAACCUGCAGUAAAGGCAGUAGAUUCAGAUGGUAAUUGUGUAUCAGUUGGGAUUACUUCACUGACUUUGAAGGCCAUACUAAAGGACUCCAAUAAUAACCACAUCACUGGUCUUAGUGGAAAUACAACAAUUCCAUUCAGCAGCUGCUGGGCCAACUAUACAGACCUUACUCUUCUUAGAACAGGAAAAAAUUAUAAGAUUGAAUUUAUACUGGAUGAUAUUGCCCGGGUGGAAUCUGGGACUCUGAGUCUACCAGCACAGUCUGUCGCUAGUGGUGGUGGCACCAAUGGUGGCAGCAGCAGCAGUGGCAGCAGUGACAGCAGCAGCGGCAAAGCAUUGACUAUGGGCACAGCUGCGCAGACAGUGAUUGUAGUAAUUAGCUGUCUGAUGGGAAGAGUGUUGCUCUUGGAAACAUUUAUGGCCACGGUUUUGAUUUUGAACAUAAAUCUAGGUAAGCAUAGUUCAUUUCUUAUGUAA